GUCGUUGAAGAUUGCUGGUAUAAGAUAGUUUAUUGUGUGACAGUUAAAAUAGUAUAUAUAAUAAAAAUUUAUUUCCUUAGAAUUCUUAUGCUUUCGAACAAUUUCUUUAUUAUAUAUAAGUGUAACGAGAACACAAUGUUGCGCAAUAUUAAUUUUCCGAACCUCGAAGGAAAAAAUGUACAUGCAUCAUAAAAACUAAGUGUGUGAUACAUUGUUGAUAUAAAAAAAUUUUAACAACAAAUUUGGUUUAAGAGUUACAAGAUUUCACAGUAAUAAUGAAUAAAACAUUUGAUUUAGUUUUCGUAAAUCAAAAUUAUCAGGCUCAAACAUCAGAUGCGGUCAGUGUUACCCGAGGCGAUUUGGUUGAACUUGUAAAUACAAUAUCUAAUAUUGGAGAAAAAAGAUGCUUUAUCAGAGUAUUUGAUGGAGUAAAUUCGGUGAAAGAAGGCUUGGUUCCAAUGGAAAUAUUAGAAGUUAAUACAAACUCGUUAGCCUUAGAUACAAACGCAAAUGCUGCAGACUUGGAAUUUAGAAAAAGAACCAUCGUUGGGGAGCUUAUUGAAACUGAAGAGGAAUUCUCAAGAGAUUUACAAUAUGUAGUCGAUAAGUAUAUAAAAUCCAUAGAUAAGCCUACAACUCCAAGGUCUAUACGGGACAAUAAAGAUAUUAUCUUUUGUAACAUUGUGCAAAUUGCGGAGUUUCACAAUAUGGUUCUAAAAGAAGGCCUUAAAAAUUAUAGGCACCAACCUGAAAUGAUAGCAAAAACAUUUUUAAGACUCGAGCGUGAUUUUGAUAAGCAUGUGAUAUAUUGCCGAAAUGAGCCACUUGCUCAAGAGUUUCUUUCAAACAAUGUAGAAAGCCAACAUUUUUUUCAGGAACUUUCAGCAAAGCUAGGCGACGAUAAAUCGCUGUCUGAGCACUUGAAGCUCCCUCUUCAGAGAAUCAACGACUACAAACUCCUGUUUAAGGACCUAAUUAAAUUAUCUGAAUGCUUUAAAGAAAAUGUUAGGGACCUAGAAAGAGCUUUAGAACUUAUGCUAACCGUGCCAAGUAGAGCAUAUGAUAAUAUAUUGAUUUCAAGCAUUGAGGGAUAUAGAGGUAACAUUUAUAAGUUGGGCAGGCUAUUGUUGCAUGAGUCUUGCUUAGUUACCGAUAAGGAUGGUAAAUCACAUGAUCGAUAUUGUUUUUUAUUUAAAUCAAGACUUUUAAUAACAAAGGCUCGAAAAAUAUCAGAAAAAAAAUCGAUAUUCAUUUUGCAAAAUAUUAUAAAGCUUCCGUUAUGCGAUAUUAAGAGCAUAUUAGAGGAAAAGCAAAUUUAUCUCUCAUUAAAAACUGAAGACGAAAUAUCAAAUAUAAAUAUUUUUAUAAAGCCUCAUAACGAAGAAAAUCAUCUAACUUGGUACAAUGAAAUUAAGUCAUAUAUUGACCACGAAGUGACUCUGCAAGAACACAACGCAGAUGAUCUUAAAGUCGAUCCUACAAAUAUAUCUAGUGAAAGUGAAUUAAUUCUUCGGCUUCCUCAAAAAAUUGAAGCUUGUAAUCCAAAUGUAGGCAUACGUCCAUCUGAUGUAGCCGACAAUUACUUUUUAAGUAAGGAAACAAAAGAACGUCUUCAGCUUGAACAACAAGAGCUAAAAAAAAUUGAGCAGGAAGCUAUUGAAUUAUUUAGAAGCCAACAGAACCAACAAAAUUUUAGUUAUCAAAAGGUCCAAACACCUGAAUUAAAAGAUAAUUUUCAUACAGAGUAUGUUUUAGAAAGUUGCUCAUAUGUAAAAGACAGUAAAGAUCAAAAUAAUGCAAAGGAAAUUAAGAGUUGUGCGUUAGACCAUGAAGAGUUUCAGGGUCAUUUAGCGCUUGAAUCUAAUAAAAACACUAUAAAACUUACUGAAAAUGAAACUGUGAUUAAAGAGUGUGUCUUAGAUAUUCAACACGCUGAGUCUACAACAAUAGUUGAUGAUAAAAAACGCCAGGAAGUUUUUGAUAUAAACAUUAUUCAACUCAAUGAUGGUAACAGAAAAGAUUCAGAUAAUUUUGUUGCGAUAGAGAGGUCUGAACAAGUUGAUAUACAACAACAAAAUAUAUCAGAGGGUAAGGACAUGAAGCAAUUUAAGUACGAUACCACGGCAGAUUUGAAAAUUCCAAUUAGCAUCCCAAGUGCAACUUAUAACAAUUGCAUUACAACUAAGCACACUCCAAUCGAACUGCAAGAUAUCUUUGGCUACAGUGAACCUAUUGUUGAUAGUGAUACCACACAAACAAACUCCAAACAACGACAGGAGCUCUCAAGUUUUACUAAUAUAACUGAUUCUGCUUCAUUAGCGCAAUGGAAUAAUGAUCUUGCUAAUAUUGCAUCCAAUAAUGGGGGCGAACGUUCAGCACAUGGUCCGCCCCCACCACCUAUACCUCCUCAUUUUGUUAGAAUGCCUGGCUUUUUUCAACCGCUUCCGCUUAUUUCAUAUGAAACCACCAUAGAGAUACUAAUUCUUAAAUCACGCCCACCAUCACCGCCUCCUCCACCGCCGCGAACUGUUAAGCGGGUGCUUGUCCAUACUGAAAGUCUGGAACAAAAAACACAGAACUUUUUGGAAGGUAUCUACGACGUAUCAACCGCAGACACAUCGCUCCGCAACGCAAAACAAAAAAUACGAAAUAUUAAAAACGCUGUGUUAAAAUCAACAGAUUCUACCAAUUAUGCGCAAGACACAGUAAAAAAAGCGAAAGCUCGCGAUUUUGUACAUAUAUUUAAUCCACCAAUUAAAAGGAAACCCAUAUAUGAAAUUAUUGAAGAGGCUGAAAAUAUGCCUGAGAUUGAAGGUGAUUAUACUGAAUCUAUUGGUCCCGAUUUCAGAGAGUCAAGUGCUGACUGGGAAGUCCGAGACAAAAGUGUUUGCAGUAUGGAUGAUAACUAUUCUGGGUAUUCCCUGGCUACUCAGCGGCGUGUUGAAAGAAGUAGUAGGUCCAGGGACGAUGUUCGGGGCACUUCCUAUGAUAGUACUUACGAUAAACACGUAAGCUACGUAACUGGUGCAAGACGUGAUCGAAGUACAUUGGAUAGAAUUGAAGCACGUUCAUCCCUCUUAGCUUCCAGUCGAGCUGAGAGUCGUGCAGAAAGUCAAGCCAGCCGUAAGCGUGCAUCUUCGCAUCUAAUUGACGAUCAGCCUCAACGCUGUAUUGAGAAACCUGUGAUUAUCAAAAUGUUGAAAAGUGUACAUGUUGAAUGCGGAGAGACAGCUCACUUUGAAAUUCAGUUUAAAGAGCAGCCAGGAUUAGUUACAUGGUUAAAGGAUAACAAGACCCUGGACGAUCGUUUGGCGGACCGGAUUGUCCAAACAAGUGCUCCAAUGAAUUCCUAUCGCUUGGAUAUCAAAAAUUGCAGUGAGAAUGAUGCGGGAACGUAUACUGUUCGCGCACAAUCAGGUUCUGAUACAACGACUGUGACAGCUCAGCUUGCAGUUGGACAAGCUUCUGGCCAUGAUGAAUCUAAAACUAAUGUGCCACCAGCAUUUUUGGUUAGCUUAAAGGAUGCUGAAAUGAUUGAAAACACUCUGUUUCGUUUCAUGAUAAAAAUUCUAGGCGAUCCAAAACCAAAAGUACAGUUCUUUAAGAAUCAAAAGGAAAUUCUGGAAAGCAGUGAUAGAAUUCAAAUUAUUAGAGAUAAGGAUUAUUUGGGAUUCUACGAAUUAGUUAUCGUAGAUGUUCAGAAGGAUGAUGCUGGAAUAUACUCCUGCAAGGCAACCAACAAGUUUGGUGAAGCCUCGUGUGAAGCUCAAGCAACUACAGUGGAAUAUAAAAACCCAUUUGGAGCUUUAAGUGGUCAAAUUUUACAGUCUGGAGAAAAAUCAAUUUUUUCAUGGAAACGCAACGGACAAGAUUUUGAUCCAGAGGAACGAUUUAAAGUUCUCUUUGGCGAAGAUGAGGAUUCUCUAGCUUUAGUAUUUCAGCAUGUCAAGCCUGAAGAUGCUGGAAUAUAUACGUGCGUUGCACAAACUUCAACUGGAAAUAUUUCCUGCAGUGCAGAGCUAUCUGUUCAGGGUGCCAUUCAAACUUUAAAUAGAGAACCUGAAAAGCCUUCCCUAGUAAUUGAAUAUAGAGAAGCAAACACAAGUUUGGGAGCGUCGGCCAUUCUCGAACUGCAAUGCAAAGGUUUCCCCAAACCAGCAGUGCUUUGGAAACAUGAAGGUGAAAUCAUUGAAGUUGACGAAAGACAUAAAUUUAUGUUUGAAGACGAAGAAAGCAUGUCAUUGGUUAUAAAAAGUGUAAAUACUGAGGAUGCUGGAGAAUAUACUAUUGAAGCUGUAAACGAGCUCGGACAGGAUACGGCAUCUAUUAAUUUAACCGUGCAAGCUCCUCCCAAAAUAAAAAAAAUUGAGGAUAUCGCUUGCUUAGCUGGUGAAACAGUACGCAUGGAAAUAGAUGUUGAGGGAUCCCCACAACCAAGUAUUAGUAUAACCAAAAAUGGAAAAGAUGUAUCUGAUGAAAGUAAUAUAAAAAUUUCAUCUACUUCAAUUGGAAAAGGAUCAACAAAAGUUUUGAUAGAAAUUUCUGACGUUAAGCUAUCUCAAUCUGGACAUUAUUCUAUUAAAGCCACAAAUGAUCUGAGUCAAACUUCAGAGUAUUGGAACUGUACAGUUAAAUCCAAACCAAUAUUUGUAAAAUGUUUGGAAAGUGAGUAUAUUCACGGCGAAAAAGAAACUGUAAAUAUGUCAGUGCGAGUAGAUGCAUUCCCCGAACCAAAACUAACUUGGUAUCACGAUAAUACUGAAAUAAAAUUGACCGACACAAAAUAUAAAAUUGAUUGUGACGGGAAUACUUACACUUUAAAAAUUACUGGUGCCACUCGAGUAGAUGCUGGAAAAUAUUCUGUUAAGGCAGUAAACGAGCACGGUUCAGCAACUAGCGAAACACAGUUACUUAUGAAAUGUACUCCGGAACUAACAAAAAAAUUACACAAUAUUACUGUGCAGGAAGGCGAGUCUAAUGUUGAACUCGUAGUUGGAAUAGAUGCCUACCCUCGUCCGCAUAUAAAAUGGUUUAUUGAUGGUAUUGAAAUCGACGAAAACCGUAAAGAUUGUCACCAAUCAAUUGAUGGAAAUAAUUAUAAAUUAGUUCUUAAUGACGUUUCCGUUAAUAGCCAAGGAAACUACUGUUGUAAAAUAAUGAAUGAUUAUGGAAUACUGGAAGACAGCUGUUCUGUGACUGUAAACUGUAAGCCGAAAAUAAGAAGACCGCUUAAGGAUGUUGAGGUAAAUGAAGGAAGUUCCCUAACCUUAGAAGUUGAAAUAUACAGCAAUCCAGAUGCGAAUGUAAAAUGGUUUAAGAAUGGGCAUGAAAUUCAUGAAGAUGCAAACAUCAAAAUCAUAAGAGAUUCCCAACGUAUUGAAAAUUAUUACUUAACUUUGAAUCUUGCUAAAGUUGAAGACACUGGCACAUACGAAGUGAAGGCAUCAAAUUUCAUUGGAGAGACAACAUCAAGUUGCAAAGUUAUUGUUUUGAACAACGACUGUAUAUCCAUGGAACAAACCGUGACAAAUGCAAUGAUUGCUACUACAGAACAAUCAGAGGAUGGGGCGGUACCCGAAAUUCUUCACAUUGAUGUUUUUCAAAUACACAGUUUUGAAAGCCUUCCCCUUAAAUAUGAAGUUAUCGCCAAAGGUAUACCUAAACCGGAGGCAAUGUGGUAUCACGAUGGGAAGCCUCUUACUUCUGACGACCAUUUUGGUAUAGCUGUUGAUGGGGAUCGUUAUAAAUUGGAAGUAAAGUCAUUGGACCUUAAGGAUGCCGGUGAAUACAAAGUAGUAAUAAAAAAUAAAUGCGGGGAAAAAAGCCACCAAGGAGUACUAUCGCUGUCAAGUGCAGCAGAAUAUAGGAAACCCAAACAAAUCUCAAGCAGCGGGCUACGAGAUAUCAAAAUAAAGAAGGGAGACAACGUUAAUGAAAGUGUGAUACUUACAGCAGAUCCAUUACCCGAAAUAACAUUGUUUAAGGAUGGAGAGAAGGUUCCUGAAGAUGAAAAACAUAUAUUAAAAAUUGAAUCAAAAGACUUGGAAAACGGACUUGCACAAUAUACGUGCACAAUCAAUAUAUUGGGAGCUGACAUCAAAGAUUCAGGCCGUUAUGAGCUGAAAGUCAAAAACAAAUAUGGAGAACUGACAACAAAUGGCUAUAUAGACGUAUUGGCGAAACCUGAAAUUUCUGGUUUGAAAAAUCAUAAAUGCUUGCCAGGUCAGUCUGUCUGUUUUGAAGCAUUAGUGCUUGCCAACCCGAAACCAAAAGUUUCGUGGACUCGGGGAAAUGAAAACCUUUGCAACAAAGAGAACUGUGAGGUCAUCGCCGAUGUUGAUGCAGAUAAGUACCGAAUUGUUUUCCCGUCAGUUUCACCAAAAGAAGACGGCAAAUAUGCAAUUGCAGCAGUAAAUUCAGAAGGAAGAGCUGACAGCGAAUUUUAUUUGCAAGUGCUUGUUGAAAAGCCAUCUUUUAUAGUUCCACCAGAAAACCAAAUAAUACAUGACUUACAGCCUGUUACAUCGAGAGUAGUAGUGCAUGGAGUUCCUACACCGUUUAUUGAAUGGUUUAAAGAUGACAAGCCUAUUGACUUUGAAACUGUUGAAAAGCUUUCCCAGGAAAAGGUCUACAGCGCUAAAUCUACAAACACAACAUCCGAUCAAGUUGAGGGUAUAUUUGGAAUAUCGAAAUUUAGGGAAAAUAUUGCUGGAACGUACACAUGUGUUGCUAAAAAUGAAGUGGGAGAAACCAAAAUAUCAUUUGAAUUGGGCUUGCAAGCCCUUCCACCAAACUUUACGAAAAAACUUAACAGUGCAUUAGACGUUCUACAGGAUGAGCCUCUUGUUCUGGAAUGUUCGCUGGAUGGCAGUCCUUUACCAACAGUUCAAUGGCUUAAGGAUGGUGAUGAAAUCAAGGCUAGCCCAAGAAUAAAAUUAUCCUCAACACCCGAAGGAAUGGUAAAAUUGGAAAUUGAAAAGUGUCAACCAAACGACUCUGGUGCCUACAAAUUAGUUAUUUCUAAUCCACAUGGACAAAAAGUAGCAUUGUGCGCUGUUGCUGUUAAACCAAAAGAUAUGCAUCCGAAAUUCCUGAAGCCCCUUGAAAAUCAGUCUAUAAUUGUUGGAGAACCAUUGAAACUAACUUCUCAAGUUAUCGGCUUUCCUGCCCCCGAAGUAAAGUGGUAUAAGGAUGGUAUGCUUCUACGCCCUAGUUCAAACAUCAAUUUUAUUAAUAAUCCUAAUGGACAAAUCGGUUUAAGUAUUGAUUCCGUCGAUGCAAACGAUGCUGGAAUAUAUAAAUGUAUAAUUAUUAAUAAGGAAGGCGAAGAAGAAGGCGCUGCAAAAGUGGAAAUAGUUCCUAAAGAAUCAAAGCCUACAUUCAUUUCCGAGCUUCAAGAUGCUGCAAGUGUUGAAGGAUUUCCUGUCAAAAUGGAUGUAAAGGUUAUAGGAAGCCCAAAACCAAAUCUUCAAUGGUUUCAUAACGGUCAUGAAAUAUUGCCUGAAAACGGACAUAUUUCUAUUAUGGAAAAUCCUGACAGUACUUUCAGCUUAGUCUUAGAUAAAACUGUUCCAUCAGAUUCCGGAUUGUAUGAAAUUAUUGCUAAAAAUUCAGAAGGAUCAACCUCCUCUAAGGCAAAACUGUAUAUUUCUCCAAAAACAGACGAAACAUCUACAGAAGAAGCCCCACAAUUCGUUUCAGGUCUAAGAGAUGUGAAUGCAGAUGAAGGAGAAGAGCUCAUAUUAUCUGCACCGUUUAUAGCGAAUCCAAUGCCAGAGGUAAUGUGGUCCAAGGAUGGAGUUCUUUUAAACCCAAGCGAGCGUUUGUUAAUGACUUGCGAUGGCAAACACGUUGGUCUUAAUAUAAAACCUGUUAAAGCCUCAGACUCGGGUAAUUACUCUUGUCUGUUAGCUAACCCCUUAGGAGAGGAUUCAUCUUUAUGUAAUGCAAACGUAAGAAAAGUUUACAAGCCACCAAUAUUUACCCAAAAAAUAUCAGAUCAACAACAAGUUUUUGGAAAUAACGCCAAAAUUCCAGUAACUGUUUCUGGUGUUCCAUAUCCAGAACUUACUUGGUUCUUUGAAAAUAAGCCAAUAGAAAUGUCGGAAAAAUACGCUAUUAAAAAUGAUGGAGAUCAUCACCUACUUAUAGUCAAUAAUUGUCAAGCGGCUGAUAUAGGUGAAUAUAAAUGCAUUGCGUCUAAUAAAGAAGGUAAAGAUAUUACCCAAGGUCGCUUAGAAGUUGUUAAUGAACUUAAAAAGCACAUGCGGUCUGAAGCACCCGUAUUUCUUAAAAAAAUUGGAGAUUGUGAUGUCUACGAAGGUAUGACAGCGAAGUUUACUGCUUGUGCAGCAGGUUAUCCGGAACCGGAGGUGGAAUGGUUUAAAAAUGAUCAAAAACUAUUUCCAUCUGAAAAAAUUGAAGCUGAAAAAGAAUCAAAUGGUCUUUUACGUUUAACUAUCAAAAAUGUUACGGAAGCUGAUGUAGGACGCUAUUCCUGUCGAAUAUACAACCCUUAUGGCGAGGAAGUCUGUAAUGCCGAAUUACUUUAUGAUGUGAUAGAUUCGCAUCAACGUCCUUUAGGAGAGCAGUACACAGACUUUAAACAGUAUAAAAAAACCGGAGCUCCCCCUCCUCUUCCGGAUGGUCCCAUUAUAUCACGAAUGACAGAUCGGCGUCUUCUAUUAUCCUGGAAACCGUCGGUACCAUUAACCCCUCGAUAUCCUGUCACAUAUCAGGUCGAAAGACUCGACUUACCAGAUGGUGAUUGGCAUACAAUAAGAACUGGAAUCCGUAGUUGUGCAUGUGAUAUUAAAAACCUUGAACCGUUUAGGGAUUAUAAGUUUAGAAUACGCGUAGAAAACAAGUUUGGUGUAAGCGACCCCAGUCCCUACACUCAAACAUUUAGGCAAAAUCUUAUACCAGAUCCUCCGAAAACAUACACAUAUUUGCCUCCGGGUACUGACUUUAGACCAGAUACUUCACCUUACUUCCCUAAGGACUUUGAUAUUGAACGGCCACCACACGACGGAUUGGCCCAACCUCCUCAAUUUUUACUUCGCGAAAAUGAUAUAUCCUAUGGGGUCAAAGGACAUAACACUGAACUGAUGUGGUUUGUGUAUGGUUAUCCUAAGCCAAAGAUGACCUAUUAUUUUAACAACAUUCAAAUAGAAUCUGGUGGUAGAUUUGAUCAGAGCUACACACGCAAUGGGCAGGCCACUCUAUUCAUUAACAGCAUGUUAGAUCGAGAUGUUGGGUGGUAUGAAGCAGUCGCUACUAAUGAACAUGGUGAGGCAAGACAACGAGUACGACUUGAAAUCGCUGAGUACCCACGAUUUACAAAACGACCUGAUGAAACGUUUAUAAUGGCUCGGAAAAAUGGUCGCAUUGAAGCUAGAAUAACUGGAAUUCCAAUUCCAGAAGUUCGCUGGUAUAAAGAUUGGAAACUUUUAGCUGAUUCUUCCCGUAUAAAGAUGCACUCCUAUGACCCCGAUGUAUAUAUACUAUCAAUACAUGACUCAAUAAUUAAAGACGGUGGCCUAUACUCAGUUAGCGCAAGAAAUGUAGCUGGCUCUAUAAGUACAUCUGUGACUGUGCAUAUAGAAGAAAAUGAAGACCAGUAUAUUUAUAAGACCUAUGGAAGGCAUCCAUAUGUUCGAUCAAAGCAAUUACGAUAUGAAGACAAAUAUGAUAUUGGCGAUGAGCUCGGCCGUGGAACUCAAGGAAUAACUUAUCAUGCCGUUGAACGCGCGACAGGAAAUAAUUAUGCAGCGAAAAUAAUGCAUGGAAGGCCAGAACUCCGACCAUUCAUGUUGAAUGAACUCGAUAUGAUGAACAUGUUUAAUCAUAAAAAUUUGAUACGUCCUUAUGAUGCGUAUGAAAAUGAUAGAUGUGUAACACUAAUAACCGAACUAGCUGCUGGAGGGGAACUUGUUAAGGAUAAUUUACUUAAGCGGAAUUAUUAUACAGAGCGAGUUAUUGCUAAUUACAUACGCCAAGCAUUAUGGGGCCUGGAACAUAUGCAUGAUUUGGGAGUUGCUCACAUGGGCUUGACGAUUAAAGAUUUGUUAAUUUCAGUUGUUGGCAGUGAUUAUAUAAAAGUUUCAGAUUUUGGUUUAUCCCGAAAAAUAAAUAAACACAAUUUAUCAACAUUGGAUUACGGAAUGCCGGAAUUUGUUUCCCCGGAAGUCGUUAAUAAAGAAGGCGUUAGCUUCUCACACGAUAUGUGGUCAGUUGGUUUAAUCACUUACAUACUGCUUAGUGGCAGAAAUCCGUUUCAAGGAGUUGACGAUAGAGAAACAUUAACAAAUAUUCGCGAAGGUCGCUGGGAUUUCAAAGAUAAUAUAUGGACACACAUUUCAGAAGAUGGUCGCGACUUUAUAAGCCGGCUACUUGUUUACAGUCCCGAAGAACGUAUGGAUGUUAAAACAGCAUUAAAGCAUCCUUGGUUCUUCAUGCUGGAUGGUCCAGACUCCCUUGACGAUUUCGAAAUUGGAACUGAUCGGUUGAAAAAUUACUAUGGUCACUUUAGAGACUGGUAUGCAAAUGCUUCUUGUAAAAAUUACUUCCGAAGACGUCGAUUAAGUGGCUGCUUCCAACAUCCUUCUAAAAUGGUAUACCCUUCUGGUCAUUCAUAUACACCUGAACAUACCCCAGAGCCGUUACCGGAACCAAGAAACAGAAACAAACGUGAUGAACCUGUUUCUAAAUUUUUGCAUCCCGAUUAUGAGUUAGGCCUUAUACAAUCUGAAAGCCACUAUCAAUAUGGUCCCGAUACUUAUUUAUUACAAUUAAGAGAUGUCAGUUUCCCUGUAAGAUUGCGGGAAUACAUGAAGGUAGCCCAUAGACGAUCACCAUCAUUUGCAUUAAACGAUUCAGUUGAUUGGUCGCUUCCAGUAAUUCGUGAAAGACGACGAUUUACUGAUAUAAUGGAUGAAGAAAUUGAUGACGAGCGAACAAGAAGUCGAAUAAGCAUGUACUCUGCAAAUGAUUCAUAUUCUAUUAGACGCCUGCGAACCGAACUUGGACCUCGUUUGAAUGAAUAUACAGAGGCAGAUGCAAUGAUAGAAUGUCAGCGUGAUGGCUACCCACCCUUUUUUAGGGAAAAGCCACAAACCAUUGCUAUUAUGGAAAACAAGCCAGCGCAUAUACACUGCUUUGCAGUUGGCGAUCCUAAACCUUGCGUACAAUGGUUUAAAAAUGAUAUGGUUGUAAAUGAAAGUAAAAGGAUAAAAAUAACUUUUGAUGAGGAUGGUCGAUCAAUAUUGCGAUUUGAACCAGCAGUUCAUUACGACGUUGGAAUCUAUAAAGCAGUUGCUAGAAAUAAAGUUGGUCAAACUGUGGCAAGAUGUCGUAUAGUGAUUGCAACACUUCCCGAUGCCCCUGACUCACCGGAAGUAUCAGCAACAAGUGCAACAGAAAUACUACUUAGAUGGAAACAACCGCGAGAUGAUGGGCACUCUCCGGUCUUAUGUUAUAGUCUUCAAUACAAAAUGCUUAGUUCGGAUACGUGGACAACUGUAGCUGAUAACAUUGAUCAUGAAUUUUACCUUUUGCAUGAGCUUGUGCCUAACACAAGUUAUCAAAUUCGAUUGGCGUCGAAAAAUCGCAUUGGUUGGAGUGAAAUGGGAAUACCCGUUAAUGCAUCUACUUCGGGAACGGAAUCUCCAAAAGUCCACAUUACCAAAGCAAUGAAGCAUUUACAAAUGUUGACAGAAAAGGGUCAAGAAGUGGUGCUUGAGGAGGAACGUGUACAUAUGGAUUAUCAUUGCGAGCGAGACCCUCCUAACUGGGUAACUGAUUCCUCCGUAAGUGAUAAAUACAGUUUUAUUUCCGAAAUCGCACGUGGAGAAUUUAGCACCAUUGUUAAGGGAAUUCAAAAAUCUACUGAUACGGUCGUUGUUGCAAAAAUUUUCGAAGUAACUGAUGAUAAUGAAGAUGCUAUAGUUUCGGAAUUUGAAAAUUUUAAAACUUUAAGGCAUGAACGUAUUCCAGCGUUGUUUGGAGCUUAUAAACCUAUGAACGUACCAAUCGCAAUAUUUGUGAUGGAAAAACUUCAGGGAGCAGACGUGCUUACUUACUUCUGUAGUAGACAUGAAUACUCUGAACAAAUGGUUGCAUGCGUCAUUACUCAACUUUUGGAUGCGUUGCAAUAUCUUCAUUGGCGUGGAUAUUGUCACCUUAAUAUACAGCCGGAUAAUGUUGUUAUGGCAUCGGUUCGAUCUAUUCAAGUCAAGCUUGUCGACUUUGGCGCAGCCAAAAAAGUAAAUAAAUUAGGAGUUAAAAUAACACCAACUGGUAUGUUGGACUUCCAACCUCCAGAGAUGAUUAAUGAAGAACCGGUGUUUCCUCAAAGUGACAUUUGGUCACUGGGCGUGCUUGCUUACUUACUUCUAUCUGGUUGUAGUCCAUUCCGCGGCGCUGACGAGUAUGAAACUACACAAAACAUUUCCUUUGUGCGAUAUCGUUUCGAAAAUCUUUUCAAGGAAGUUACUCCGGAAGCAACUCGGUUUAUUAUGCUGUUAUUUAAACGACAACCCACAAAAAGGCCAUACACAGAUGACUGUCUGGAGCAUAGAUGGCUUAUGUCUUCAGAUUAUAUGGUUCGAAAACGUGAGCGUGCGCUAUUCUUAGGGUGCCGAUUAAAGAACUUUUCUGAUGAAUAUCAUGAACAAAAGAGCAAAACAGCAACCUCAUCCAAGUCUCUAUAUUCAGUUGAAGGUGGACCGACCCCAGCACAACUUCUCCGAUCAAAUAGCAUUGAAGAAGAAUUGCUUACAACCUUUUAGAUAAAUGGAGCAAAAAAGAAGAUUUUUAUUUUGCCCAUAUGAUUAUAGGACAUUCAUAUAUUUGAGCAUAUGGAAUAAGAAGGUUACCUAAAAUGGGAUCUAAAUUAUUUUUGUUGUCAUCAAUCAAUUAAAUUUAAAUCUUAUUAUGUAUAUGCCUUAGAAA